AAACAGCCGGAAGCGAAUGAGUACUAUAUUUUAAACUUUGGGUAUUUUAAACAGAGGUGCAGUGAGAAGAUUCGCUAUACGUUUAAUUCAAAAUCUCAUGUAAGAUUAUGGUUAGAUGUCUUGGAAACAACCCCAGAGAAAAUUGUAUAUGAAACUACCAUUAAGGAAUGGACCAUAGCCGUGAAGCGGUAUGAAUAUGUCAACCUAUAUCAUACGAUGACGGACUUUUACAAUGCAUUUUUAGUUUAUAAAGCAUUUAAUAUGUCACUAGGAAAUAUAACGAUAUUGUGGAUAGACGGUCAUCCCUCUGGAACUCUAGAUUCAACGUGGGAAACCUUAUUUGGACAUGUGUUACGCGCAGGAUAUAUUGUACAACCAUCCAAGUUUAAUCAAAUGAUUUGGGGAAUAAUGGGAUAUGACAGUUUAUUAAGUCAAUUUGAGAGAGAAAAUGUGCCAUAUUUGGAAGAAUUCAGAGACUUUUUUCUUACAAGACAUGCUGUUUCAACAAAGACUGAACUGAAUUGUACUAACCUUAAAAUGAUGUUUCUUUGGAGACGAGAUUACGUAGCGCAUCCUAGAAACCCUUCUGGGUCUGUGUCGCGAAAAAUAGCUAAUGAAGAUGAAUUAUUAGAAAAGACGAAGAAACAUUUUCCUCACGACAAUGUUACUGGACUUCAGAUUGACAAAUUAAACAUGCAGGAUCAGCUAAAAGUGAUAGCCAAUGUAGACAUUCUGAUCGGAAUGCAUGGAGCUGGGUUAACUCAUACAUUAUUCCUACCUCAACAUGCAGGAUUGAUAGAGUUGUACCCAACAUACUGGUCUAAUGCAAAUACACAUUUCAAGUCAAUGGCAAGAUGGCGAAAUCUACAUUAUUUAACAUGGAAUAAUAUUGACAGAUCGAAAGAACUUCAAAAUCAAUUUACAAUUGUGAAUGUUGACUUUAUUAUAGAUCUAAUUUCACAAAUGAAACAAAAAAUAUGCAAAUAAUGAGUAAAGUGAAAUAAAAUAUU